UUUUUGCAGGAGGUUAAAUUAAAACAUUUAAAUCCUGAAAAAUGUUUUAUAUGAUUUGUGUUUCUGCUGUCAGAAAAUUGCUUUCAUUUCCAGCUAAAUCAGGAUUUAUUAAAGAUAGAAAACAUAUUUAGUCAGACUGGAUUAAAUCUGUUUCCCAGCAGGUUGAAACUAUUUUCUCAGCUUGACAAGUUGGAGCAAUAAAAUAAAAACAGACCAUUUUUAGCCAUAAAUAUGUUUGUUUUUCUGCUCACUUAUCUCCAAUCAUAACUCAAUUUUAACCUGAAAGUAUAAACUCCCUCUCUGUCAUUAAGGCACCGUGGCGCCCGCGGCUCGUGGCGCCCCGCCGCUCUCCACUCUGAUUGGUUGUUUGGGCUCGGUGGGCGGGGCCUGCGGGGACAAUAGAGAGCGGCCUUAGGGAGGCUGAUCCGCGGGCAGACGGUGCCGGGGAUCCGCUCCAGCUCCGGACCGGAACGCCAGACGCCGCUGCCGCCGCAGGAGGAGCCGCGGCUGCGGUCAGAGGAGCCGCGGGACGCCGCCGGUUGGACGGACUGCUGCAGCUGCGAUCAGACCGACGUCCCGACCCGACGGCACAAUGAACCCGGCGCCGCCCGGCUGCCGCUCGCCCGCCGCCGCCCUGGAGGAGCUGCAGCUGAUCGCGGCUCAGAACCUGGAGACGCUGGACAUCAGCCGGUACUACCGGGUGCUCCGGGAGCUGGGCCAGGGGACCUACGGGAAGGUGGACCUGGUCAUCCACAAGACCCGAGGUACCAAGAUGGCACUGAAGUUCCUGAGGAAGAAGAGCACCAAGCUGAAGAGCUUCCUGCGGGAGUACAGCGUGUCGCUCUACCUGUCGCCCUGCCCCUUCAUCAUCAACAUGUACGGCAUCGCCUUCCAGACUGACGACUGCUACAUCUUCGCCCAGGAGUUCGCGCCGGCGGGCGAUCUGUUCGACAUCAUCCCGCCGCAGGUGGGACUUCCUGAGGCCGUGGCGAAGCGCUGCGUCCACCAGGUGGCCAUCGCCCUAGACUACCUGCACUGUAAGCAGCUGGUCCACCGGGACAUCAAACCGGAGAACGUUCUCAUCUUCGACACCGAGUGCAGAAAGGUCAAGCUGUCGGACUUCGGCAUGACGCGGCGCGCCGGCUCUCCGGUGAACCGCGUCAGCGGCACCAUCCCGUACACGGCGCCGGAGCUGUGCGACGCGGCGCGUCACGACGGAUUCGGCGUGGACUUUAGCACGGACGUGUGGGCGUUCGGCGUGUUGCUCUUCUGCAUGCUGACGGGGAACUUCCCCUGGGAGAAGGCCAUGGAGAACGACGCCUUCUACGAGGAGUUCGCCCGCUGGCAGCGCCGCCGCUCCGGCGCCGCGCCGUCGCAGUGGCGCCGCUUCACUGACGAAGCUCUGCGGAUGUUUCUCCGCCUGCUGUCCAUCGAGCAGCAGCGCCGCUGCGCCGUCAAAGACGUCUUCAGCUACUUCAGCCACUGCUGGAUGUUGGACACGGAGGACGGCGGCGCGGCGACUGCCGACGCCGUGGACGUCAGCGCGUCUUCGUCGGAGGAGGACGCGCUGGUGGACAGGCUGCAGCAGCACAGCCUGUCGCCCGGGUCCGGCUUCACGAUCGCCCGCUUCGCCGCCAACGGCGAGCGGGUCAACAGAACCAGCGCCGACAGGGGGCGGAUCCUGGUGACCACGCCCAUCGAGAUCUGCGUGUAGCGCCGCAGCCGCCUGUUGGCGCGCGCGCAGACGCCGAAGAUUUCCCCGACGUGAUGACGUCAUGACAGAAGAGCAGGAAGGAGGCGCCAGAAAAUGGCCGCCAGCCUUUUGAAGCUUCAGCGCCGAACCGAGCCGAGAACCCUGUGACGUCAGCUCAGUCCGGAAACCAGCAAGAACCAGUGUAACCGGGUUCUGCUUCACACCACUGUACCAGGCCGACCCAAGUAACCCCUCGACUCUGCGUUGUGUAGAUGUUUUAAUGAAGACCAGGAGUUCUGGGUGAACAGGCAGUUUAUUUCCUGAAUGAGAACAGAUCGGGUUGGAAUCAAUGCAAUGGUUCAGCUUCCCUCAGCACACUCUCGUGCAGCUUCCAUAGACUGGCACUGAUUACAGUACAUUAAUAUUUUAACAUUCAAUAAAAAAUACAAUAAUAAAUGAUGUACCUGAAUGAGAACAGAUCGGGUUGGAAUCAAUGCAAUGGUUCAGCUUCCCUCAGCACACUACAACAGAGCGUCAUGUUGACUUUAACUUAGCACAGAAAGUGUUUUACAAAAUAUUAACAAAACUAAAAGUGCAAAAUUGAUGCCAGGCACACAAAUCAUAAAUAGUAGUUGCACACUAUUGAUGUAAGUUAUUAAGAAUGAUACUUUAUGUGUUUCUAACACUUUUCCGUGCUGUUUGCUGAGGAAUGAAACUCACCUCUCGUGCAGCUUCCAUAGACUGGCACUGAUUACAGAGGCCAGCAACAUAUAACCAGCCACACAGAGAGGAGGCGCUAUUUCCCAUUGCACUGAUAAUAUAUAAAGCAAGUGGGAUCCUACAACAUAAACUCUGUUACACCAGAACAUAAAAGACGUGAUGAAAACUGUGACUCAUGUUUCUUUGAAGUGAAGCUUUAUUGAUCAGAUUAAUAUAUUUAUUGAUUUGUGGCAGAAAAGAUCUUAAGUUUAUUUUCUCUGAAGGAAAUAAAAAUCUGUACUUUGGUCGUAAAACGUUUUGACGUCGUUUACGUCUCAUGUUAACCAACCGCCAGUCCUCCCAGUCCUCCCAGUUCGUCUGAGGAAAAAAAAGUCUCUGUGAUUAAAGUCUCAUUGAAAACAAAAGGAGCAGAGAACCGUCUGGAUUUUCCUUUUCCUGUUUACGAAAUCAAAUAUGAAAUUAUUUGUGCUUUUUGUGAGAACCUGGACAGGAAGUGAGGUUUGUUGUAGCCGGAAGUGAAGCGCCUGUGACGGAUUUCCGUUAAAAGUUUCCUGCCUCGUGGAAAAACGUUUCUUCUUUUCGUUUCUGUGUUUCUUGCAUGAUGUUUCGUCUCUGUGGCAUUUCUGGAAAUAAAACCUAAAAUAAAAACAA